UGAAUGCUGUGUUUAGUGAAUACAUCAAAACAUCAGUUCAUUUGCGAUUCACUUGUGUUUCGUUUGACUCACAGUUAAGACACGUUUUGGUCAUUGAAUUGAAGUCUUUAUCUACACUUCAUGAAUGCAUUGACUGAUCGGACCAUCGAUUGUGCCCUUAAUGGCAGACAUGAGUUACAUCAAGAGGUAUAAAGAGGACAAAGAAGACAAACUCAUGAAACACAAGAAGCAGAUUCUGAAAAAAGUGGCCAAACUAUACAAACCUGAUUUGCAGGAGAUUUGUGUGAAGCACUCGCUCCCGAAGAAUGGCACGAAAGACACACUUCGGCAACGGAUCCAACAGUUGAUUGAAGACCACGUGAAUUGUGAGCACAAGUGGACUGAACUGAAGAAAGAGAUUAAACGCGUCUAUAAGGCAAACGACAGGAUCAAGAAGUCUCCCAAAAAAGCCAAACCGAAGAAGCCAUCGGUUAGUGGUGCGGAUGGAGAGGGAGACCACGACUACGACGACUACGCCAGUCAUGAGAGCCAACCCCACAACGAGCCCAACGUAGGACUGGACGGCAAUCUCUCGGCACCUGUACUUAAUAUGCCAAACCCAACCACAUGUAUGAAUGAAUGCAAUAACAACUAUAGUCUUCUGUCAUAUUUCAAGUCAACGACACCCCAAUCGAUGCCUUUCUUUAAUGGUGUGUCGUCUCAACCAUUGAAUUCACAACAAUCACAUCCAACGCAUCCACCAUUAGCUCAACCACUACCACAUCCACAGUCUAACCAUCCGCUCAACUACUGCACUGCAGGGAUACCGCCAUCGAUGACCACGAGUGGAGUAAUGCAUGCAAAUCAGGUCCACAAUCAUAAUGUCAGUCAUAGCCAACCAUUUUAUAGCCAUACGAAUCCAUUCCCUCUAAUGGGACCCCAGACCGGGGUUCCGCCGCCGCCGCUGUUUAAUACCGUAAACUCCAGGCCAGCGUCAGCUCAGCCGGUAGUCAGACACCAGUCGCCCGCAUAUAACGCGUUCAACUCAUUCCCUCCCCAUCCGUAUCCCCAACAGAACUAUCCAUUUAUGGGAACCAAUCAUAACAAUCAUAACAAUCAUAACAAUAAUUAUUAUCAAAAUUCAAAUACCGCUCAAAACUUAAGUCAACAAAACUAUUAUCAGAAUCCGAGUGCUCCUGAUCUCGACCUCUUUGACUGUCAAAACCCACAAAACUUUGAUCUGUUUGUCAAACAACAGAAGUUCUUAUUAUCUCAAUACACGCCGAAACAGACCACCGAUGGCGACGAUAAUGUAGAUGAUUGCGAUCACCCCAUAGGCCACGAGUUUUCUUUCAAGGCGUUGCAGUCGUUUACUACCAUUAGGAGGCUUUUGGAGGCGAAGACUAUAGGAUCUAUUUCAGACAUUGGCUUCAAUAUAGAGUUCAAUAUAAAUCUGGUGGACUUGGAUGCAAAUAAUUUUAACGCUAAUCUGCAGUCGCUUUUGCGAGAAAAGUCUUAUCAAAUCCAACUGCGGUUUAGUUAUAUAAGUGAUGUUCAAAUCAAAGAGCAAAAGGAUUGUAUUCCAGAAUUCCUAUGCAUUGAAUGCAAUAACACUCGUGUCUUCACUUCCUCUCAGUUUGAAGAGUUGCCUACUCCGGGUCCCUUUGAUUUGAGCGAAUGGUGUGUUUUGGGGCCAAAUAAAGUCAGGUUUUGGAUGUCUAAAGAGAAAUACACUUUUUUGAUGCCCUGUCUCUACGAAGUAUCGGUCGUAUCGUUUGAAACGCCCGAAACAUUUCUCUAUAAACUGAAGGCAAACGGCACACAAUUUCUCGGCUCACAGACAACCAAAGACUUGAUCAAAUCCCGGAGCGAACAGCCUUCACACGACGAUAUCAUUAUUAGUAUUACAAAUACAACCACUAAAGUGAAACUCAUUUGUCCACUGAGCUGUGCUCGCAUUGAGACCCCGUGCCGGACAGCCCACUGCAAACACAUGGAGUGCUUUGACGCGCAUUCGUUCUUUAAGGCCAACGAUUGCCGAUACGACUGGUUGUGUCCCAUCUGCCAGAAAGCGGCUAACUUUGAAUUACUCCGAAUCGAUGGUUAUUUCAGUGAAGUGUUGGCCAAUACUGACGAUAACAUAACCGAAGUGUUCAUUAAAUCUGAUGCUUCGUAUGAUGUGAUAAAUAAUGUGGCAACUGCUCUGCAAGUGAUAGAAUUGGAUGACUCUUUAGAUGAUUUCGAGUGCAGUGUUAUCGAUACGGACGGCUGUAUAGUAAUUGAUUGAAAAUUAAUUGCACUUAAUUUGCAAGUUUUGUUACAUAUAUCUAUUUGUAUGAAUUAUUUUUUCAUAAUUUUUAAGCCAUUAAAAAUUUUGUUUAUUUUAAUAAUAAAUAUUUUAUGAGCAAUAUUUGCUAAUCAUAGUACAGG